UGAGCAAUUUUCACCUGCGGCUCGUGUCACGUCACUACAAGAAAACCUUUAAUGAUCGGUUGCUGCAGCAGACAAACAGUCGCCCGCUCCAACAUUAAACUCUCCUGCUGUGGACGCACUUUAACACGGGCUCCUUCUCUUUCACGAGCCGCUUAAACAGACGGACCCCGAGCCCAGACGGGAAUGCAAUUCUUUCUUUUUAUUCCCUCUCCGUCUGCACCAGGACAAGUUAAGUAGUUGCAACUCGUUAACGCAUGCGUGUACUUAAAAACAUGGGAUGCAUGGGAACUCGGAUGCUGCGCUGAAUGAGAAGAGGAGUUCUAUGAGCCUUGACCAAAACCAUCAACAAAAACAUUUUUCCCCGGUAAAUUUUGCGCUAUUUUUAGUUUCAGUCAGGAUCUGUAUGUGCUUUCUUCUCUUUAGGCACCCACACCUGUCUUACCAGCGCUCAGACCGGUGUAUAAGUAGUAGCCCGCAGAUUCCCUUCGCAGUGACGCCUGUUUAUCAGAUUUCUUUUCCUCGUAGCUGUACUUCAGCAGAGAUGGACAAGCACAAUGCGCCAAACCUGACGGGAUAAAACAUCCCUGCUGGUCACUGUCAAAACAACUGAGACACCUUCAACUUCAAGAACCUAAAGAAUUAAUUUUUUUCUUUGCCUCCCACCUUCCUGAGGUAAACUUUUCUAGUCCGCGGCUCUCCUCCUGGUCCCCUUCCCUCUCUGGGUGAAAUCACAGCGGGAUUUCUAUGAAGCGACGCCUCGAGUGAUUAGACUUUGUUGGGGAUUUUGCUCUGUUUCCAGAGGGACAUCAUGUGGACUCCCACGGAAGACGAGAAAAUCGGUGUUGUCAUCUGUAAUUUCCGAGGCUCAGUGACUCAGGGUUUGGCUCUGGAGGUGGGGGAGACGGUGCAGAUCUUGGAAAAAUUUGAAGGAUGGUACAGAGGAUUCUCAACAAGGAAGCCGAACGUCAAGGGAGUUUUUCCUGCCAGCUACAUUCACUUGAAGAAAGCCAUUGUUACCAACAGGGGACCACAUGAGACUGUGGUGCCUCUGGAAGAUCCAAUUGUGACUGAGGUGACAUUAACUCUUCAGGAAUGGGCUUUACUAUGGAAGCAACUCUAUGUGAAACACAAAGUGGAUCUGUUCUACAAGGUCCGACACGUUAUGAUGGAGCUGAUUGACUUGAGGAGGCAGCUGCUUUCCGGUCACCUCACACAGGACCAGAGCAGAGACGUCAAGAGACACAUCACCGUCAGACUCGACUGGGGCAAUGAACACUUGGGUCUGGACUUGGUCCCAAGGAAGGAGUUUGAGAUGGUUGAUGAAGACCAGAUAAGUGUCUCAGAUUUGUAUAAAAUGCAUCUGUCCAGCAGACACAGCGUCCAGCAGAGCACCACACGGGGCGAGAAUAGCCGGCAGAGACACGGAGAACCAUGCAGGGUUCCGGUACCAUACCACCUACUGGUCAACCUGAAGAGCUUCACCUACAACAGCAUAGGAGAGGACACAGACAUAUUUUUCUCUCUCUGUGAUCUGAGGGAGGGAAAGACCAUCAGCGAGAAGUUCAUGGUGAGAUUAAACAAGAACGGAGGACCAAAGAACCCAGACAAGGUGGACCGGCUGUGUGCACUGUUCACGGAUCUGAGCAACAAAGACAUGAAGAGAGAACUCUACAUCGUCUCACAAGUUAUUCGGACAGGUCGCAUGCUGCUGAAUGACAGUAAGAAAGGCCCACCACAUGUUCAGUAUCGCAGACCGCACGGCUGCGCUGUUCUGGCCAUGAGCGACGUCCUGCAGAUCAUCUCAGAACUCAAAGAGGAGAAAGACUUUGUUCUUAAAGUCUACACGUGUAACAAUGAGAACGAAUGGUACCAGAUCCAUGAAAACAUCAUCCGGAAGUCAAGCACCAAAUACACAGCGCCCAGCACCAACUACGGACUGAUCAUCUCCCUGCAGCUGCUCAGAGGUGACAUGGAGCAGGUCCGCAGAGAAAACCCUCUCAUUUUUAGCAGGGGGGUAGCCAUCACUCGGAAACUGGGAUUCCCAGAUGUCAUCAUGCCAGGCGACAUCCGUAAUGACCUGUACCUGACUCUGGAGCGAGGAGACUUUGAAAGAGGAGGGAAGAGUGUUCAGAAAAACAUCGAAGUGACCAUGUAUGUCAUCUACGCAGAUGGGGAAGUGCUGAAGGACUGCAUCAGUCUGGGUUCAGGGGAGCCCAACAUCCCAGAGUAUCGCUCCUUCGUCCUCUACCACAACAACAGCCCUCGCUGGAGUGAAGUGAUCAAACUGCCGAUUCCCAUUGAUCGUUUCAGAGGGUCCCACCUCCGCUUUGAGUUCAGACAUUGCUCAACAAAAGAUAAAGGAGAGAAAAAACUUUAUGGCUUUGCCUUCACCCCUCUGAUGAGAGAGGAUGGAACUACUUUAUCUGACGAGAGCCAUGAGCUCUAUGUCUACAAGUGUGAUGAGAACACAACCUUCAGUAACCACGCCCUCUACCUUGGCCUUCCAUGCUGUAAGGACGACUUCAACAGCUGUCCCAACAUCCCGUCCAGCCUCAUCUUCCAGCGAAGCACCAAGGAGACAUUCUGGAUUGCCACGCAGCUUUCCUCCACCAAGCUCACUCAGAACGUGGACCUCCUGGCUCUCCUUAAGUGGAAGGCCCAUCCUGACCGGGUCAUGGACAUCCUUGGGCGUCUGCGACACGUCAGUGGUGAAGAAAUAGUCAAGUUUCUUCAGGAUAUUCUGGACACAUUAUUCUCCAUUUUGGAUGACAACACAGACAAAUAUGGACCCCUUGUGUUUCAGUCAUUGGUUUUUAUCAUUAACUUGCUCAGGGACAGUAAAUACUACCACUUCAGGCCGGUGAUGGACACAUAUAUCCAGAAACACUUUGCUGGAGCUCUGGCCUACAAAGAGCUGAUUCGCUGUCUGAAGUGGUAUAUGGACCGCUCUGCUGAGGUGGUCAGACAAGACCACAUUCAGGAAGCAAUGAGGGCUCUGGAGUAUCUGUUCAAGUUCAUCAUCCAGUCUCGGAUCCUUUACUCCCGGGCCACCUGCGGGAUGGAGGAGGAACAGUUUCGAACCAGCAUCCAGGAACUCUUUCAGUCCAUCCGCUUCGUCCUCAGCCUGGACAGCCGCAACUCAGAGACCCUCAUAUUCACUCAGGCUGCGCUGUUAAACUCCUUCCCUGCCAUCUUUGAUGAGCUGCUGCAGAUGUUCACGGUGCAGGAGGUGGCAGAGUUUGUGCGUGGGACCUUGGGCAGCAUGCCAUCAACAGUGCAUAUUGGACAAUCGAUGGACGUGGUGAAGCUGCAGUCCAUCGCUCGAACUGUGGACAGCAGACUCUUCUCUUUCCCUGAGUCUCGGAGGAUUCUGCUCCCAGUCGUCCUGCAUCACAUCCAUCUUCAUCUGAGGCAACAGAAAGAACUGCUCAUCUGUUCAGGGAUACUCAGCUCCAUUUUCUCCAUUAUCAAGAGCAGCUCACUGGACACGUCGGUGCAGGAAGAGGUGGAGAUGAUGGUGGAAUCUCUGUUGGACGUCCUCCUGCAGACACUUCUGUCCAUCAUGAGCAAGAGCCAAUCGCAGGAGGCGGUAAGGGGUCAACGCUGUCCGCAGUGCACCGCGGAGAUCACUGGAGAGUAUGUCUCGUGCCUCCUCUCGCUUCUCCGCCAGAUGACUGAUAUCCACUUUCAACACUUGAUGGAGAAUUUCCAGAGCAAGGACGAGCUCAAGGAGUUUUUUUUGAAGAUUUUGUGUGUGUUUAGAAAUCUGAUGAAGCUCAGUAUUUUUCCUCGCGACUGGAACAUCAUGAGGCUUCUCACCAGCAACAUCAUCCUUACCACAGCUCAGCAACUUGCUCCUGCUCUGCACAAGAACUUUGCUGAAGCAGACUUUGACUUCAAGGUGUGGAACUCCUACUUCAGUUUGGCCGUUCUCUACAUCAACCAGCCGAGUUUACAGCUGGAGAACCUGAGUCCUUCUAAGAGGAAGAAGAUCUUAGACAAAUAUGGCGACAUGAGAGUUAUGAUGACCUAUGAACUUUUCAACAUGUGGCAGAACUUGGGAGAGAAUAAGAUCCAUUUCAUUCCUGGGAUGAUCGGACCGUUCCUCGGAGUGACGCUGGUCCCUCAGGUGGAGGUGAGGAACAUCAUGAUCCCCAUCUUUCACGACAUGAUGGACUGGGAGCAACGCAAAAAUGGAAACUUCAAACAGGUGGAAGCUGAACUAAUUGACAAGUUGGACAGUUUGGUGUCGGAGGGAAAGGGUGACGAGAACUACAGAGAGCUGUUCGGGUUGCUAACCCAGCUGUUUGGGCCCUAUCCCAGUCUGUUGGAGAAGAUUGAGCAGGAGACAUGGAGAGAGACAGGAAUCUCAUUUGUUACAUCGGUCACGCGGUUAAUGGAGCGACUGCUGGACUACCGGGACUGUAUGAAAGGAGAUGAAACAGAAAACAAGAAGAUCGGCUGCACAGUGAACCUUCUUAAUUUCUACAAGUCUGAAAUCAACAAAGAGGAGAUGUACAUCCGUUACAUCCACAAACUGUGUGACAUGCAUCUGCAGGCUGAGAACUACACUGAGGCUGCAUUCACCCUGCUGUUGUACUGGGAGCUGCUGCACUGGGACGAGCGACCAGUUAAAGAGUUCCUUCAUUAUCCUGCUCAGACUGAGUGGCACCGAAAGGAAGGACUCUGCCGCAAAGUCAUCCACUAUUUCAACAAGGGAAAGUGUUGGGAGUACGGUAUUCCUCUGUGCAGAGAACUGGCCUUCCAGUAUGAAUCUCUCUACGACUACCAGAGUCUUAGCUGGAUACGAAAAAUGGAAGCAGCAUAUUACGACAACAUCAUGGAGCAGCAGCGUCUGGAGCCGGAGUUCUUCAGGGUGGGAUUCUACGGCAGGAAGUUUCCUUUCUUCCUUCGAAACAAAGAGUUUGUCUGCCGUGGCCAUGACUAUGAGAGGUUAGAAGCCUUCCAGCAAAGGAUGCUGGGAGAAUUCCCACAAGCUAUUGCAAUGCAGCAUCCAAACCAGCCAGAUGAGGCCAUUCUGCAGUGUGAUGCGCAGUACCUCCAGAUCUACGCUGUGACACCAGUUCCAGAAAGUGUCACUGUUCUUCAGAUGGACAGAGUUCCAGACCGCAUCAAGAGCUUCUACCGGGUGAACAACGUUCGGCGAUUUCGUUACGACCGGCCGUUCCACAAAGGACUCAAAGACAGAGAUAAUGAGUUUAAGAGUCUCUGGAUUGAAAGGACGACUCUGAUCCUCACUCAUCCUCUGCCUGGAAUUUCACGCUGGUUUGAGGUUGACAAGCGAGAACUGGUGGAGGUGAGUCCGCUGGAAAACGCCAUCUCUGUGGUGGAGAAUAAGAACCAGGAGCUGCGGACUCUGAUCAGUCAGUACCAACACAAGCAGCUGCAUGGGAACAUCAACCUGCUCAGCAUGACGCUGAACGGAGUCAUCGACGCCGCUGUGAACGGAGGCAUCGCCAGAUAUCAAGAGGCUUUCUUUGAUAAGGAGUACAUCACCAGCCAUCCUGAAGACACAGAGAAAAUCACACAACUCAAAGACCUCAUGCAGGAGCAGGUUCACAUACUAGGGGUGGGCUUGGCUGUACAUGAGAAGUUGGUGCACCCAGAAAUGCGUCCCUUGCACAAGAAGCUGAUCGAUCAGUUCCAGAUGAUGAGGAGCAGCCUCUGCCAUGGCUUCUAUGUUGCGUUUCAGGGCCCACCUGGUUUUGAUAAGUCUGGUUCUGGAGUCAACAGAGGGAUCCUGGCCUCUCACAACCCGAUGAGCCCAGAGAGCUUCAAACUCGUGCACCGACACAGUCCCAUUGCUGUUUUGACUCCGGUUCGCAUUUCCUCCCCUUCUCUCUCCUCUAACUCCAGUGAGGCAGGAAACCUGCUGAUCCUGGCGGACGGUGUGGUGGUGGAGCAUCCAGAGGAUUUCUACCGCAUGCAGGCCAGUCCCUCCUCUUCCAGUCUUAGCUCCACCCACUCUGCUCCGUCUCAGAUGAUAAACUCCACCCCGUCCACAAUGAGAGUGGGUUCUCCUUCUCUGCCAGACAAAUACAGACACAACAGAGAGAUGCUGAUGCUGCUGCCGCCCCACAGAGAGAGGCCGAGCAGCGCCAUGUACUCCAAUAUCACAGAGAAUGGACAGCCACCAAACUUUCAGAGAGCCUUGUUUCAUCAGGUGAUCGGUCCCUGUAAGCCCUGCAGUGACCCCAACCUCUCUGUGGUUGAGAAAGUCCUGACCACUCCCAGCAGUUGGAGUUUGGACAGCGGCACCAGAGAGGCCCUGCCUUUCCUUUCCUCCCAUGUUGGCAGUGUGAUGGCUCCACCGGUUCCACCCCGGAACAUUCCUCAUGGGCAACACCUGUCGAUGCACUUUGAUGCUUUCCACCACCAGGUCAGCGACCUCCCUCCAGCUCUCCCUGCGCGCUCCUUAAGAAAGUCUCCCCUGCACCCUAUACCUGCCUCGCCCACCAGUCCGCAGUCCGUCCUGGAUGGCAGUAACUCCACACUCUCAGGCAGCGCCAGCUCAGGGGUCUCCUCCCUCAGUGAGAGCAAUUUUGGCGGCGCCACCUCCUCCUCAGACCCCCCGGCCAGCCGCACAGACACCCUGGAGUCCGUCCCCAGCAGUCAGGCCUGGACCACCGACCAGGAAGACUUGGACUCUCCUUAUCAGCCCGUCAGAUACAGCAUGUCUGAGUCAGACGUCGUGGAAGGAGUUAAAUCUCCGCCCUGCCGCAGCAACUCGGCCCCAGGAGGAGUCAAUCCGGCCCAGGUGGGCUACCAGAUCCAGCCUCAGGCUGCAGGGUUGGGCUGCACUGGAGCUCCGCAACCAGAUGGGCUGCAGCAGCAGCAACACCAGUUUUACCACCACCACUUCCACCCUCACUACAUUCCCCACAAUCCACCUCUCUACCAUCUCCAUGAGCCCCCUCCUGCCUUGCCGCCUAAACCAUACCUCAGAGAGGGCUGCAUCCCUGAGGAGGACCCCCUGAUCACCCAGUCCGGACCGCCACGCCCGGCUGUACCUCGGCCAAUGCCGCGCAAGAUCUCCCAGCCUAUAAUAGCAGCAACCAAGGACGAACAAGCUAAGGUGGCGUGGGAGCACGGCAUCAGUGAGGAGUGAGGCCAGGCGAUGGCUUGGAGAAACAGAACAGGAACUUCUUGUUGAAUAUAAACAUGAGAGCAGGAGCCGAACAGGAUCUGAAACAUUUAGAUUCUCCUCAGAUGUCUUGCAGGAACCACUGAUGGCUCAGCUGAUCUGAUUUCUCUCAGACUGCCCUGCGCAGUGACUUGUCCUCAAUAUCUGAACAUUUUCUUUUCGUCUCAUUCAUCCCUGUGCAAACUGAAAUAGUUUUCAUUCUACAUCCAUCAGAAUAAAAACCCAAUGAUAUUUCCAAAUGCUGCCACUUCCUAAAACUGCACAGAUGUCAUGUUAUUGAUUUUGGUUUCAUUUACAAUAAUAAUAAACUCCAUUCUAAUGAUGGGAAUUUCAAGUACAAAAUUUGCACAGGAAUUGUAUUUCUUUUUAUACCUCACUCUGAUAAUGUUAAGUGAAUGGCACUUUAAGAAAGGGACAUAGAACCAUAAUAUUUAAGAGAAAUUUUACUUACAGUAUAUAAUAGACACUAACAAAACAGUUUUACAGAUAACCAGAUGAAAAAUCACAAUAUUUAAAGAUUCAAUUCUUUUUUAGAAGCUUAGAACAACGAGCCCAACAAACUGAAUCAGUAAUUGAUCUGGUACAUUUAAUGAUGAGAGUCUUGAUGGAAAUUAAAGGUAUUUUUCCAGUUGCUAAGAGUGUUAAAAUUAAAGGGUAUAUAAAGUUAGGAAAUAUAUAAUUUAUAUUUAAAGUUUAUACUUUUCUUUAAAGGUGAAGUUGAUGUAGAAAUAUGCAAGAUGUUGGGUUUCUGAGUCCAAAGUAGCUGUUUGAUAAAUGUGUUUGAAAGGUGGAGAAAAGCUCCACAAACACACAGACUGUAAAUUUAAAGUUGUAAAACCCGUUUUACUGAAAGCUGUGAGGAUGCAGUGGAUUUGUUUUGUUUUAGCUAAAGAUGGUUCUGAAGCUAAACUUGUAGAUAUGCGUUUAGUUUCAUGUGCAGGGACAUUUUUAUGAAAAUAACAACUGGAUCUUUUUUUAAAUCAGGGUAAUGUUUGUAUGCAUGUUUGUUUUCUGACAGCUGAAACUGGAACAGAGCUAAAUACCUUGAAAGCACUCCAGAAAUACCGAGGCUCCUGUUGUUCAGGAAAUUCUACCAUUAAAGUCAGUAUUUGUUUCUGCUGAUAAAUGAUCAUGUUUGCUUACAUUUUUGUUUGUUACUUAUUGUUAAAGUCAUAGAAAUGACCUGAGAACAGUUUGUUUCACCUGGUUUUACUUUAACUUCCACACCUUAACCAUUUUUUGCCUGAUACUGGAUCAUAUUUUCUCUGCCAUUUGAGUUGAAUCAGACCUGUCGAUAAUGUUUUUACUUUCACUCAAUGCCACCAUCUCACUACUGUAAAUAAUUCAUUUUAACACAGUGUUGUUGUGAACAAAUAUCCUGUAUUUUAGGUUUUGCGGUUUAAGUUAAAGACUCCAGUGUUGGAAACAGAUCGGUAUGUUAUGCGACAGAUGUCGGUGGCUCUGCCAUCAGUUUUUAAAAUGUUCUGCUUCUGUUGCUGCUGUUUACACUGAUGUAAAUGUUUCAGGAUCCUGCAUGUUGUGUUCACUGACUCAAAUUCAGUUAAUACAGUCAUAAUGACCAGUUUCACCUGAGUGUGCUAUCUUUUUUACAUCUGCAGGUAAAAAGAUGUGGAUUAUAACUUAAUUAAGUAUUAUUACAUUUCUGAUGGGUUUGUGUGAUGAAGCUGCUCAGGUUGUAUCAUAUUAAAUCAUAUGAUAACUUUUAGAUUUCAUACAGAAUUAUUUUGACUUAAAUUGCAUCUGGAAAAUGUACUGAAUUUUAUGUAAAAAAAUAGACUUACAUCAGUAGCAGUAAAAUAAGAUUUGCUUUAUACUGCUUAAAAUCAAACUAUGAUCCCAAUAUCUUAACAUUUGUAAUUGAGGUAUUCUUGAUGGAAGGGAUCUCAGUCCACAAAGCUACAAUUGUACAACUUCUAUGUUUUAAAAUCCAAUGGCAGAUUUUAUAUUUGCUCUGGCAUAAAGUGAUCAGCUAGCUUUAUUGAAAUAUACUCUUAAGGACACGUAAAAGAGACCAGCUGAACUGUAUAAAAUACAGUUUUACAUUUAAAGGACCAAAGUGAAACUCAGAAGCUGGGGGAUUCGUGGUAAAGAAACUGUAUUCGUUCAGUACUACGGAGUGAAUGAAUAAGCAGAAGCAAAUAGAUUGUAACUAACUCCUAGAAAAUUAUGUACCAUGUCAGACUGUCUUACAGAAUUGCUGGUAAAACAUCAACAUAAUGUUGAGUGUUUACAUUAACUUUAUGUUAUGAGUUAUUUUUCCACAGAUGUUUUUAAAAAAAAUUUAAUGAACUUCCCCUUGUUGGGGAAAG